AUGUACGUAUCGCAGGACGCCAGCACUUGCAUCCGUGAGGUGUUACCCAAUCAGGAGACACGGUCGUGCCCUGACUAUGAACAGCUCAGCAAUCACCGACAGCUUUUGAGGUAUCUCCACGACGAGAUUGCUCAGCCUAUCGAACGCCCUGAAACCGACUACGUGAUGACUCAAGCUUUCGCCGAAUACAUUCGUUGCUACGCGCCGCAUCACUUUGAUGGCAUCAGUUAUCGCUCUGUGCAGCAUCCCGGCGGGAUCAACUAUGCGCUGUUCGCUAUAGACAAUGCCGAGCGCGUGCGAUCACCUUACAGCCGUCCGGCAUUCGACCUGGUGAUAGCGGCGAUUCCG